AGGUUCAGUCAAAAGGCUUAUAAAGAGCACAGGAACAGUCUAGCUUUUAGGGGUUUGGAAACUUUUUGUCUCAUCAGAUUGACGGCGUCUCCAGAAUGAUGAAACUCAGUGUUUUCCUUCUGCUGCUCCUCCUGGAGACAUGUGCAGCUUCCACCUAUGAAAAUGUCGCCCUGCGUGGAACAGCGACCCAAUCAGAUCGUUACGAUAGUCCAUUUGGAGCUGCCUACAAUGCUAUUGAUGGAAACCGUGACUCCAGAUUCUCGGCUGGAUCGUGCACCCACACUAAUGAAGACAGCAACCCUUGGUGGAGAGUGGACCUGCUGGACAAAUACAUCAUCUCCUCCGUCACCGUCACCAACAGAGGAGACUGCUGUGCAGAAAGGAUCAACGGAGCACAGGUUCACAUUGGCAACUCCUUAGAAGGACAUGGGGCUCCAAACACAGUGGUUGGCACCAUUUCUGUAAUCCCUUCAGGGCAGUCAUUCACUCUGACCUUCACACCUGUGGAGGGACGUUACGUGACUGUGUUUCUACCUGGUGCAAAAAGAACCCUAACACUCUGUGAAGUUGAGGUUUACGGGUACCGAGCCAGUGAGACACCCAGCGAAACCAAAAAACCUGCCAAUUAAUUCCAGCGUUUCGACAGGAUGGAUGGUCACUGCAGUACCGUCGUUAUCCCUGGAAGACCGGAGCACCCUACCCUGUGCGAGACGGAGGUUGAUGGCUCUGCACUUGAUUUGCUUUAAAAUGUUACUUCAAUUGUAAGAACUUAACCAAUGCUGUCACAUGUAAUUAACCAAAAUAACAGAUUCAGCUACGAUCUGAUUGUUCUUAUGACUAAUAACCAAUAAAAAUGUGUGUAAAAUGUAAUUUCAUCUCACCAGAAAAACAACUGCAUAAUAACCUAAAUACCAACACCUCCAAUUCACCCCCCCCCUUUCUUUUACUGACCUAUAGUGGACAAAGUAAAAUUGGAAUUUCUCUACAAUUUCCACACUUUUAAAAGUCUUCCAGUGGGUCGGAUUAAACCCUUUGUCUGGUCAGUUCUGUUCC